AUGAUGAGCAUUGGCGGUAGCCACUUAGAACACCGGAAUCCUGAUCCCACUUCCAUCAUCGUCAUCACCCCAGGAACGCUGAAGCCUUUGGCGGACAUCGGCGGGCGGCUCCUUGAGGAUCGUCUUCAGAGGAACCAGCAAAGCUCGGCGGAGGAAGUCAACCAGUUCGUGACGCACCUGCAGUUCAAACCCACGAUGAAGUUCAGCCCUGGGGUGCUCAUCUUUCUUUUGGAGCAAGCGGUCCUGGAGCUCUGGAAGUUUAUUCUGGACCUCUUCAGCAGGUUGCAGCCUCCGAUGCAGACGGCUCUCAUGGCUACGGACGAGUCAUACGCGCAGCUGGUGGGUCGGAACCAGACUUGGCUGGCACUGUUGAGGUCCGCGAGGGCGGCCGCAGGCGUGACACGCAUCUCCUGCGUCCGGAGUCUGCAUGCUUUCGCCAACCUCCAGGAGGAGGAGAGCGCUCUGUGGGCCCAGAACUUUACUGUCCAGGAAAGGCUUCAUGAUGACGUGCUUCUCAGGCAGUCCAGCCCGGUCAGCCAGCAGUGCUUCUUCGGUAUCCGCACCGGGACCUGCAAAGUUUAUCGAGGCGGCGAGGAAGUCGCAACGCUUGAAGCCGGGGACUGCUUCGGCGAGGCCUCCUUGGUACUUGGCGUGCCAAGCCCGGUCACAGUCAAAGCCGCAAGUGAUGUGACUCUGCUGGUCAUGAAGGGAGAGGCCUUUUGCAGCCUCAUGGCCCGCGCCGAACCGGAGCUUCGCAAGGCUCUAGAAGUCGCUGCAGAGCGCUAUGGGGCCAGUUUCGAAGAGGUGGUUGCUGAGCAGGAGCAGGGCCGCCAGCGCGUGCGACGCUUGCUGGAGACUGUGGUAUCUGCCGAAGAUGCACACGGCAACAGCCACCGACAUCACAGCGCAGUGGACUUGGACCACCUUCUUGGGACGGUGGGCAUCGAGUCUUACGCCAACGGCUCGGCUCUGAGACUGGCGCUGUGCAGAAAUCUGUUUUACUUGGUGCGGUGGGUGAG